AUGGCCAUAUGCCCAAAGAUCAGGAAAAAGUUAGCUAGGCAUGCUGAUUUCUCCAACACAUGCUAUCCUAUACCAAGUGGGAAUGGUAUCUUUGAAGUUCAUGACCAAGAGUGGCAGUAUGUGGUUGAUCUUAUGGGCAAAAAUUGUGAAUGCAGAAGGUGGCAGUUGACAGGCAUACCAUGCAGCCAUGCCAUUUCUUGCCUGAAGCAUGAAAGAAUCCUAGAAGAUUCAAUGCUCCCAAAUUGUUACUCCAUUGAUGCAUUCAAAAAUGCAUAUGGCUGCACCAUAUAUCCAUGUUCUGAAAAAUCUUCCUGGGAGAAUGUUGGAGGUCCAGAAGUGCAGCCACCUAAGUAUGAGAAGAGGGUAGGCAGACCACCUAAGGCAAGAAAAAGGGCAGCACAUGAAGUUCAAGGUCCUAAUGGACCAAGGCUGUCCAAACAUGGAGUAAUCAUGCACUACAACCAUUGUGGACAAACUGGUCAUAACUCAGCUAGGUGUGAAGCAAAGAAGGCAGGCCUACCAGCUAUUAAGAAAACAAAAAAACCAACUAGAACUGCUACUACAACUACAACUGAGCCAGAGCAACAACCAAGUUAUGAGGAGGUGACUAACCUAGUUGAGGUACCAAUAAUGUCCCAAGUAGAGAACCCCAUGCUGUCACAACUACUAGAUGAGGCUUCACAGAACAGGGCACAUUCCAUCUACUUCACCAUUGCCAGACUCUACCUACAUCAUUUCCAACCUCCCACCAGCAAGGCAUACUCCACUUACAACAGCAACAAAGACUGGAAGGACCUCAAGGACCAAGAUAGUGAAGAACAAUGGUGUUGCCCCUAG